UGAGUGUCAACAAGAUCUAGUGAAGUAAAACUUUGGAGCUAAGUUUUAAUCGGAAGUUGCAUAUCCAUCACAAUUUUUUUCCCUCUCUCUUGUAAUGUAUUGGUUUCAAAGUUUGAUCUUUUGUUUCUCACAUGAUAUAUAUAGUUGUGGACACAAACACACACAUACAUUGCUACAUGCAAUCAUUACAAACGCAUAUAUGUACGUAGUAUAUAUGUAUGGUGUAAUAUUUUUCAUUUUCUAUGGACUCACACUCACACACAUGUAUAUAUAAUGGCAUAAUGCACACACCGACUCACAAAAAACACGAUGACGAGCACAAUAUGUAUGGUGUGAUAUUGCUAUUAUGUGAUUAAACAUGAGGAGUAAAUGAGGAAAUGGUUACUUUAAGUACAGAUGAGCAAGAAACACCCCUACACACACAUGUAUAGGCUUAGUUCAUUUUCUGCGGUCUUCUAGGUAAUAAUAUCGCAGAUCGUGAUUUUUCAGACUAAAGCCUCUCCUUGAUUGCCAUUAAUAAUUAGGGGGAACUAUUAUUGGAGGAACCAUGACCAAGGGACUAAUUCCGGGGUAUUUCUUUCAAAGAUGUGGGUUUAGUAUGUCAAGAAUUAUUACAGGAGUAAUUGUGUUUGUGUUGUGAGUUUUGACAUGAAAGUAUGUCUAGAACCUUUUCGUUUUUGUACAUGAAACAAUUGAGAGGUUAGUUCUUUCACUGUCGAUGAUAUUACCAUCUUCUCUAAUAAAGAGUCCCUUUCUCCCCCGUCCCCCAGAAAAAAAGACUGAAUUUUCUUGAGAAGCUCUGAUGUAGCUCCGACAAAAUAAAGUUAAUUGUGGUUGCUUUGUUCACCAAAGCUCACUGUUGUUUCACUGUUUAUGCAUCAUUUGCUUUUAAAUGUCUCUGUGUUGAAACUAUUUGCAUGAUUGAUGCACUCACCCGGGCUUGAUUUUAGAUGGCCGAAACUGCUAAAAAGCUUGGGAUUCUUGUGAUUGCCGAUGAAGUGUAUGAACACCUUACAUUUAGAAACAAUCCAUUUGUACCAAUGGGUGUUUUUGGACAUAUUGUUCCUGUUCUAACACUUGGUUCUAUAUCAAAGAGAUGGAUAGUUCCUGGCUGGCGUGUUGGUUGGCUUGUGACUAAUGAUACCCAAGGCAUAUUGCAGGAAUCAGGGCUUGUGGAGAGUAUUACGAGCUUCCUGAACAUCUCUUCUGAUCAAGCAACCUUCAUUCAGGCAGAUCUUUUUAAGGUAUUCAAAAAUCCGAGGGAGCGGCCUUUCACCUUUGAGGAGAUAGAUGAAGUUCGAGAUAUGUUGGCAAGCUUCAUUAUCAGUGAUUGUCUUUUAUAUUUUCUUGUACUGAAUAUUAAAUUAUGGAUGCAAGUUUUUCAUAUGAUUGUAAUGUAAUCGACUUUUAUAUUUACAAUUAUAUACUAUUUAAUUUAAUUAUCU